AUGGCCGAAGUAGAGGCCUGCCUGAGGGCCGCUGCCGCCUGGGCGGUCGCGGCGGCCACUCAAAUAUCGCCCGUGCUGAUCAGGGCGGUGCUGGGCGCUGUGCUGACGGCCUGGCUGAUCGUCAAGCUGCUGGGCCAGCGGGUGCCGUCGAUCGAGGUGGAGCCCAUCUCUGGCGAGGCGUCGCCCAGCAGCCCGCGGCGCAGCCCCCGCAAGCCCUCCAAGUCGAUCAUCCCCUGCCACGACCCGGGCACCCAAGAGCUGCUAGGCUAUGUGCCGGCCAUGGGCGCCGCCCAGGUGCGCGAGCUGGCGGCGCGGGCCAAGGAGGCGGGCAAGGAGUGGCGGGGCAGCAGCUUUGCGCAGCGCCGCCUGCUGCUCAAGAUCCUGCUCAAGUUCAUCAUGUUUUACAAGGCGGCGCGUGUGGAGUAUGUGCCGGUGGGGGUGGUGGGGGCCAUCGUUCCUUGGAACUACCCCUUCCACAACAUCUUCAACCCCCUCACAGCGGCCCUGUUUGCCGGCAACGCCAUCGUCGUCAAGGUGUCUGAGCACGCCUGCUGGUCUUCUGUUUAUUACAAGCGCAUAAUAGACGCGGCGCUGGUGGCUGCGGGCGCCCCGCCAGACCUGGUGCAGAUUGUGACGGGGUAUGGCGAGGCGGGCAACGCGCUGGUCACCUCCCCAGACGUCGGCAAGCUCAUCUUUGUGGGCAGCACGCAGAUCGGGCGCAAGGUCAUGGAGGCUGCCGCCGCCAACCUGACGCCUGUGGUGCUGGAGCUGGGCGGCAAGGAUGCCUUCAUCGUGUGCGAGGACGCUGACCUGGGGCAGGUGCUGCCCACCGCGCUGCGCGGCGCCUUCCAGAGCUGCGGCCAGAACUGCGCGGGAGGGGAGCGCUUCAUUGUGCACGAGCAGAUUCACGACGAGUUUGUGAGGCGUGCUGCGGAGGUGACGUCUGCGCUGCGCCAGGGGCCCGCCAGCGGGGAGGGGAUGGUGGAUUGCGGGGCCAUCCGUCCGCGCACGCCACCCGUGCCCGCCCGCGCUGCUGCAGGCAACGUGAGGGGCCUGCUGGGCCUGCUGGCCUGCUUCCUGCCGGGCGGCGCCAGGAGGGUGGCGGCGCUGGCAGACGGCAAGAAGAGCAAGUGA